UCUCCUGGCAGCGGCUGUAACUAAGCGCGGGGUCAGCCAAUGAGAGGCUGGGGGCGGAGCCAAGAGGGAGCGGGUUCCAGAGGAAAAAAACACGAGGAGGCGGAGCGGCUCCAUAAACAGGAGCAUCUCCCCGGGACCGGCUUCAUAAACAGGAGCGUCUCCUCAGGACCGGCUCCAUAAACAGGAGCAUCUCCCCGGGACCGGCUUCAUAAACCGAGCAUCUCCCCGGGACCGGCUCCAUAAACAGGAGCAUCUCCCCGGGACCGGCUCCAUAAACCGGAGCAUCUCCUCAGGACCGGCUCCAUAAACAGGAGCAUCUCCCCGGGACCGGCUUCAUAAACCGAGCAUCUCCCCGGGAUCGGCUUCAUAAACAGGACCAUCUCCCCCGGACCGGCUUCAUAAACCAGAGCAUCUCCUCAGGACCGGUUCCAUAAACCGGAGCAUCUCCCCGGGACCGGCUUCAUAAACCGGAGCAUCUCCCCGGGACCGGCUUCAUAAACAGGAGCAUCUCCCCGGGACCGGCUCCAUAAACCGGAGCAUCUCCUCAGGACCGGCUUCAUAAACCGGAGCAUCUCCUCAGGACCGGCUCCAUAAACAGGAGCAUCCCCCCGGGACCGGCUUCAUAAACGGGAGCAUCUAUCUCCCCUGCAGCAGGACACAACACCAACCCGGGAGACCGGGACCGGGAAGAGCAGCUUCAGAGAUCCGGAGCAUCUGUCGCCGUCCACACACCCAGUGGUUCCGAAUCGCCUCGCAGUGGAAGAGAAGCGACCGGCACCAGGAAACUUUCUGGUACUGCAGCCCCCUCCUCCGGUAACAGUUGUUAAGGAGUGAAUGAUCGACCAGUGACUGGAUUCUCCAUAAUACCUGGAACCAGGUGAAGCACAAUGAUGAUGAUGAUGUCAUAUCUACUGUAUAAAGUUGGGUGGUUCCUAAUCCUAAACCUCUCUGCAUUAUUUGCAGCUUGUCCUGACCAGGAUCCAGAUCUCCAUCUCUGGAAUCCUGGCCACAAUAAGGAACAUCAAGUGAACAUUGGACAUAAUCGGAAACUGCUGCUGUCUUCUUCUGCUACAGUCCAUUCCAUUCGCAUCUUUGAUGGAGGAAAACUGGUCAUUUCCAACAACAAUGAGGAAACUAUCGUUCUUCGCACAAGGAAUAUUCUUAUUGAAGAUGGUGGGGAACUGCACAUCGGCAGUGAAGACUGCCCAUUUCAGAAAGACGUCACCAUCAUUUUAUAUGGAAGAUCGGAUGAAGAAACAGAAGGACUUCACAGCUACUUUGGGUUGAAGUACAUUGGUGUCAGUCAAGGAGGGACACUUGAACUUCAUGGUGCCCACAAAUUGUCCUGGACGUUUUUAAAUAGCACCCUCCAUCCUGGUGGGAUGAGUGAGGGUGGCUACUACUUUGAAAGAAGCUGGGGUCAUCGAGGAAUCAUAGUGCACGUCAUUAACCGGAUUGGAGAGGUCAUCCAUUCAGACAGAUUUGAUACCUACAAAAGCAAAGAUGAAAGUAAACGGCUUGCUGAGUACCUGGACAGAGUCAAGGACGGCAUGAUCAUUUCAGUAGCUGUAAAUGAUGAGGGAUCAGCCAACCUGGAUAACUUUGCCAAAAAUGCGCUGUCAAAGCUGGGGAGCAAGUAUUUCAGACACCUCGGAUUCAGGCAUCCUUGGAGCUUCAUCACAGUUAAAGGAUCGCCUGAGUCUUCUUCUGAAGAUCACGUUAUUUAUCAAGGAGCCAGAGGAUCUGCUGCUGCAAAAGUGUUUAAACUAUUCCACUCCCCUCACGGCAAUCACUUCACUGUUGGUUCAACAAGUGAGUGGGUACAAGAUGUGGAGUGGACCAAAUGGUUUAACCGGGAUGAUGAGCGAGGAUCGGGAGACUGGGAGAAACUGUCUGACUUGAGAGUUGCAUUUCCUGGGAAAAUCUGUGAGAGUCCAAUCGAUAUUCAGGUUGUUACUGUUAAUGGAAUCCCAGCCAGUCGGACAGGACAAGUGUUUCAUAUGCAUGAUCAAGAUUAUGGGUUUGUGUGUCGGAAUAAGGAUCAAGCUAAUGGAACCUGCCAGAACUAUAAAGUGCGCUUUCUUUGUGGUAAACCAGUGCGACCCAAGGUGACCGUUACCAUAGAUACGCAUGUUAACAGCACAAUUCUGCAGCUAGUGGAUGACGCCAGAACUUGGAAGCCUGGUGAUGUCAUUUUUGUCGCCAGCACAGAUUAUUCUAUGCAUCAGGCAGAGGAAUUCCAACUCCUGCACUGUCCAGAAUGCAAACCUAACCAGGUCAAAAUCCAAGGAAAAGCGAAGUACUUGCACACAGGAAAGGAAAUAGAUGGUGUCGACAUGAGAGCUGAAGUUGGAUUAUUGUCCAGAAAUAUAGUAAUUAUGGGAGAAAUGGAGGAUCAUUGCUACGGUGAUAAUGCUUGCAGGUUUUUCGAAUUUGACACAGUUGGAGGGCACAUUAAGAUGGGUGUGGGUUUCAAAGCAGCUCACAUUGCAGGGGUUGAGCUCAAACAUAUGGGCCAGCAGUCUAUGGGCCAUUAUCCCAUUCAUUUUCACAUGACUGGAGACCUCGAUGAAAAAGGUGGCUAUCACCCUCCGACCUACGUGAAAGGUGUCUCCAUUCAUGAAUCUUUCUCUCGCUGUGUGACCAUUCAUGGAUCCAAUGGACUUCUGGUUUGUGAUGACACUAACAAUGGUGACCUAGUGGACAGUGAAGAAGAUUAUCUCAGGGAUGUUCAAGGAGUUGAUGGAAGACAAUCGCACUCGGCUGGAGCCUAUUUUUUUGUCAUGCUACAAAAGCAUGAGAAGGAGUUGGAAGGGCUUGGGAAGCGGAUUGAAGAGGUCGAGCAGCGGAUCAUGGCAUCGGAGACUAAGCUUGAAUUGGACACAUUUGUCCACCUCCAGAGUAAAUCUUUGCUGUUUUAUUACAGUGCAGUCUCUACAUUUUGGAUUGCAAAUCCCAACAAUAAUCUCAUCAACUGCUCGGCUGCAGGCUCUGAGGAAACUGGAUUUUGGUUUAUUUUCCACCACGUGCCCACAGGGCCUUCAGAAGGAAUGUAUUCCCCCGGUUAUUCUGAACAUGUGCCAUUGGGAAAGUUCACCAAUAACAGGGCUCAUUCCAACUAUAGGGCUGGUAUGAUGAUUGAUAAUGGAGUGAAGACAACUGAAGCUAAUGCAAAGGACAAGCGGCCAUUCCUUUCACUGGUUGGUGCCAGGUACAGUCCCCAUAAAGGAGCUGAUCCACACAAACCAAGGGAACCUGCUAUAAUCAAAAAUUAUAUUGCAUAUAAAAACCAGGACCACGGUGCUUGGCUUCGUGGUGGAGAUGUAUGGUUGGAGAACUGCCAAUUUGCUGAUAAUGGCAUUGGACUGACUCUUGCAAGUGGUGGAACUUUUCCAGAUGAUGACGGGGCCAAACAGGAGGUAAAAAAUUCAUUGUUUGUUGGGGAGAGUGAAAACCGUGGAACUCAGAUGGCAGAGAAUCUUGUCUGGGGGCCGAGUGGCCUAGAUCACAGUGGACGAGUUCUUCCAAAAGGAGUGACAUUCCCCAUCCGAGGAAUGCAGAUCUAUGAUGGCCCGAUCAACGUAGAGAAUUGCACUUUCCGUAAAUUUGCGGCGUUGGAUGGUCGCCACACAAGUGCCAUUGGGUUCCGAUUCAAUAACUCUUGGCAAACCUGUCCAAACAACAAUGUGACAAGUAUCACUUUCCAGGAUGUACCAAUCACAUCACGGGUCUUCUUUGGAGAGCCAGGUCCCUGGUUCCAUCACUUGGAUCUGGAUGGUGACAAGACAACUAUCCUGCAUGAUGUGGACGGAUCAGUGUCGCAGUUUCCAGGAGCUUAUAUUGUUAAACAUGAUAACUGGCUGCUCAGGCAUUCGGAUUGUAUCGAUGUACCAGACUGGAGAUCUGCAAUUUGCAGUGGUCAUUAUGCACAGGUGUACAUUCAGGCCAGGCGGCCAGCGAACCUGAAGAUGAAGAUGAUUAAGGAUGAGUACUCCAAUAAGCCACUGUAUUUAAAGGGUGCCCUGGGCAAACAUUCCCAUUACCAGCAAUACCAGCCUGUCGUUAUGCUGCAGAAAGGGUACACUGUGCAUUGGGAUGGUCCAGCACCUCAGGAGGUUACCCUGUGGCUCAUCAACUUCAACCAGAAUGAUUGGAUCCGCGUGGGACUUUGCUACCCUCAAGGCAGCACAUUUAACAUCAUAUCAGAUAUUCAUAAUCGCCUGUCGAAAAGAACAUUCAAGACUGGGUAUUUUCUGCGGACACAGCAGAUGGAUAACCUGGAUCGUGGGCAUCCAAGCAGGGGCUACUAUUUCUUCGAUGAGGAUACUGGACUACUGUUCCUGAAAGUGAAAGCCCACAAAAAGCGGGAGGCAUUUGCUUUCUGUUCCUCAGCAGGCUGUGAGAGAAUAAAGAUCAAAGCUUCCAUUCCAAAGACCAGCAGGAUCAGUGACUGUGCAAUGAAAGCUUACCCCAAAUACAGUGAGAUGCCAACUGUCGAUGUGCCAAUGCCACAGCGAAUACCUACAGAACAGCUGACCACCAAUGAUCACUUCCUGGAGGUCAAACUUGAAUCCUAUCAAACCAGGUUCUUCCAUAUCAGACAGGACCUGGCCUACGUGGAUAUUAAUGGAAGGAAGUUUUACCACGCUGACGACGGCAUGCAGAUCGUUGUGAUAGACGGACAGUCUGGAAAGGUGGUCGAUAACAGAAGUUUCCGAAAUGCAAUCUUACGAGGAAUUCCAGUCCAUGUCGAGAAUUACGUGGCGAGCAUGAAGAACAACUCCAUCACUCUGAUAACAUCUAAAGGACAAAUAAUUUCAGAAAGACCUUGGAACAGAGUUCUGACCCAGCUUGGAGCCACCAAUGUUAAACUAAAGGAUAAACUGGCGUUUGUGGGAUUUAAGGGAAAUUUCCAACCUGAGUGGGUAAAACUUGUGGUUGGUGAAGAGGUGGCGAAGCUUCACGAGGUUCUCCCAAUUCCUGUCGUAAACAAGUUGAAACUAUGAGCAAAUCCCUUCAGUAGCAUUGGCCAGCUCAAUAGGGUUGACCUUGGAAUUACUACUGAUCUUUGGAAAGGGGUCAAAACUGCAAAGAUAUGGCAGCAGAACAGCCCAUUUAUCAUUGUGCUAGUCUGUCCAAUCACUAGAUUUCUUUCAUUGGCUGAUCCUAUAUGUAGACUGUUCUUGUCAAGUAUUCCUUAUUCUAUCUCAACAAUGUUCAUUGCUCCCGAAAUAGCUGGUCCUUUUUCGGAUGUCCUAUCCUUUCUGUGAUUUGUCUGUUGAGGUGUUUUUGAUCUAUCAGCCUCAAAGAUUUACUUCCAAUUGUAGGUAUGGUUUUAUUUAUUUAUUAAGACACUAUAGAACAUGACACCAAGCCACUUGUGUGACUGUACUGUAAAAUGUUCAUAUAUUUUCCAUAUAACUAUUACUUUAUCUGGUAAAACUGCACUCCUGAAAGUAAAUUUGGCAUCUUCAGCAUUGACUGAGAUUGUAAUUUAUUAAAGUUGAAGUUCUCAUUUGAGACUUAUUUCUGAAGGGGAAAAUCUUUGGAUUAAAGAAGUGUAAUUUAUAACUGACAUUUGUAUAAAUUACAAAGAUUGUAUAAGUGAUGUUUCAUAUUAAAUGUAAAGUUGAAUGAAUUUGCAAA